AUGCGCAGGCCGGCGUCCCCGGCGCGGGGGCUGCUGUGGGGAGGGGGGGCGGUGGCCCUGCUGCUCUCGGCGGUGGCCCGGGGCCCCGCGUCCCCCUACGAGCCCCCCCCAGCCUUCGCCCUCUACGCUGCUGAUGCUAUCGCCCUCCUGCGGGGACAUGCCGGGGACGUGCCGGGGGACAUCGGGGACACGGUGGGGGACGGCGAGGACACACCGGGACACGCCAAUGACAAGGACCUGCAGGUGCACGGAGACAGGGACACCGAGGACCCAUGGGGACACAGGGAUGCCGAGGACCUGUGGGGACAGGCGGACAGAGAUGGGGACAGUGGCAACGCCCUUGAGGCGAACGGUGACCUGCAGAGACCUCUGGACCGACGCAAGGACCUCAAGGACCUGUGGGGACACACAGACACCUUUGGAGACACUGAGGACGCCUGGAGACACGUGGAUGGCCACGCAACCUCUCCUGCGGAUGGACACGGUGACACUGGGGACACACCAGGGUGCACCGAUGGACACGGGGACCUAUGGGGACAGGCGGACGGACUUGGGGACGCUGAUGACUCGUGGGGACCCAUAGGGUCCCCAUGUCCCCUGUCACCUGUGACCCUCUACCCCCCGCCCCUGCUGUCCCCUGUGUCCCCAUGUCCCCAAGUAUCUCCAGACCCAUUUUCCCCGGGGCCUCCCUGUCCCCAAGCGUCCCCGAGGGCUGCUAAACGUCCCCAAGCGUCCUCUUGUCCCCAGCUGUCCCCAAACCCUCCCAACCCCCAUUCUCAAGAACCCCCAUUCUCAAGUGGCCACAAGACCCCCCAAAUGUCCCCUACUGUCCUCUUCUCCUCCACCGUCCUCAGACCUCCCUAACUCAUGUCCCUGGGUGUCUCUGAGGUCCUCCAACCCAUGUCCCCAGGUGUCCCCAUGUCCCCAGGUGUCCCCAAACCCCCUCGACCCCUGUCCCCAAGCAUCCCCC